AUGGCUGUAGGUAAAAAUAAAAGAUUGUCCAAAGGAAAGAAGGGAUUGAAGAAGAAGGUUGUCGACCCUUUCACCAGAAAGGAAUGGUUUGACAUCAAGGCACCGUCUACUUUCGAACAUAGAGCUGUUGGUAAAACUUUGAUUAACAAAUCUACUGGUUUGAAGAAUGCAGCUGAUGGGUUGAAGGGCCGUGUCGUCGAAGUAAGCUUAGCUGACUUGCAAGGAUCUGAAGAUCACUCUUAUAGAAAAGUGAAGUUAAGAGUCGAUGAAGUUCAAGGUAAAAACUUGUUGACUAACUUCCACGGCUUAGACUUCACAUCUGAUAAGUUAAGGUCAUUAGUCAGAAAAUGGCAAUCAUUGGUAGAGGCAAAUGUAACUGUCAAGACAUCUGAUGACUACGUGUUGAGAAUUUUUGCCAUUGCUUUCACCAAGAGACAACCAAAUCAAAUCAGAAAGACUACUUACGCUCAGUCGUCCAAGUUAAGAGAGAUAAGAAAAAAAAUGAUCGAGAUUAUGCAAAGAGAAGUCUCUAAUGUGACUUUGGCUCAAUUAACUUCCAAAUUGAUUCCUGAGGUUAUCGGACGUGAGAUUGAAAAGUCUACCCAAACUAUUUUCCCAUUGCAAAACGUCCAUAUCAGAAAAGUUAAGUUAUUAAAACAACCAAAAUUCGACUUGGGUGCCUUGAUGGCCUUGCAUGGUGAAGGUUCUUCUGAAGAAAAGGGCAAGAAGGUUUCCUCGGGCUUCAAGGAUGUCGUCUUGGAAAAUGUUUAA